AUGCCAGUUGUCAAAGAACUCAUGAAACAAAUUUGUGAGAAGUACAAGAAGGAUGGCAAAAGUUACACUGAAGAAUUCAGAUGUGGUAAGACCAAGAUUUUCUUCAGGUUGGUGUUCUUGCUGAAAUUGAAGAAAUUAGAGAGAACAGAGUCACUGAACUUAUCGGUGGUCUUCAUAUGUGUGCAAAAACCAUCGCACAAAGAAAGCUUAUUGAACAAAAACUCGAUGAACAUAUUGCCAUUAUUGUCAUUCAAGAUACCAUUCACACUUGGUACCAAUUCAGAAAUUGGAACCGCAGCCAAGGACAAAGAAAUUGAAACUGUGAAGAAGAAGCUUGCUGAAGAAAUAAGAAGAGAGAAGUUGCUGAGAAGGCACUUACUGAAAUUAAAAUCAAGAACGUCGAUUUGGAAGCUUUAG